AUGGGCAGAUUGAAAUAUGCCAUUGUAGCCAUCGAUUAUUACACCAAGUGGGUCGAGGCGGAAUCAAUGAGCACAAUUACCUCCAAGAAGGCCCUAGACUUCGACAUCAACAAUAUUGUGUGCCAAUACGGCCUCCCUCACAAAAUCAUGUCCGACAACAGGAAGCAAUUUGAUAGCAUCCACUUCAUCGACUUCUUUGAAAGACAUGCAAUCGUCAAAAGCUUCUCCGCAGUCGCAAGGCCUCAAGCAAAUGGGAAAAUGGACGCCAUGAGCAAUAUUUUGAACACUAAAGAAAAAGCUAAAAGCUUGAAGGAGCAAGUGGCUAGAAGAGUUGCCCCGCUUCUUAUGGGCAUACCGGACCAUAGAAACAACUUCAACUGGACAUACUCCCUACUUGAUGGUCUACGGAUGUGA